AUGUACAUCUACUCUAAAAUACUUAGAUUUUUGUUAAUAUCUGCUGUUUUUUGUAUCGGCUUCUGCUCUGAAGAUGAGGAGAGAUUGGUGCGAGAUUUGUUUAGGGGCUACAACAAGCUUAUCAGACCAGUUCAAAAUAUGACUGAGAAAGUUCAUGUGAGAUUUGGUCUCGCAUUCGUCCAGCUCAUCAAUGUGAAUGAAAAAAACCAAAUUAUGAAAUCGAAUGUAUGGUUGAGAUUCGUAUGGACGGAUUAUCAGCUGCAAUGGGAUGAGGCUGAUUACGGUGGUAUCGGAGUGCUACGUUUACCUCCAGAUAAAGUUUGGAAACCUGAUAUUGUUUUAUUUAACAAUGCUGAUGGCAACUACGAAGUCCGUUAUAAAAGCAACGUGCUAAUCUACCCAAACGGUGAAGUCCUAUGGGUCCCACCAGCGAUUUACCAAAGCUCCUGUACAAUCGACGUGACAUACUUCCCCUUCGACCAGCAAACCUGCAUAAUGAAAUUCGGCUCUUGGACGUUUAACGGCGACCAAGUCUCUCUGGCUCUGUACAACGACAAGAACUUCGUCGACCUAUCAGACUACUGGAAGAGCGGAACCUGGGACAUAAUCAGCGUCCCGGCAUAUUUGAACACUUACCAAGGAGACUUUCCCACGGAAACCGACAUAACUUUUUACAUAAUAAUCCGCCGCAAAACACUAUUCUACACAGUGAACUUGAUCCUUCCAACAGUUUUAAUCUCCUUUCUCUGUGUCUUAGUAUUCUACUUGCCAGCCGAAGCCGGAGAAAAAGUAACUCUAGGCAUAAGUAUCCUUCUUUCUUUGGUCGUGUUUCUGCUGCUGGUCUCUAAAAUAUUACCGCCGACUUCUCUUGUACUGCCUCUUAUUGCCAAGUAUCUUUUAUUCACCUUCAUAAUGAACACCGUCAGUAUUCUGGUGACUGUAAUAAUAAUAAACUGGAACUUCCGAGGCCCCAGGACUCACAGGAUGCCUCAAAUGAUUCGUAAAAUAUUUCUCAAGUACUUGCCGAUGAUGCUGAUGAUGCGCCGUCCCAAGAAGACAAGGCUCCGCUGGAUGAUGGAGAUCCCCAAUGUUACUCUUCCGACCUCGACUUAUUCCGGAAGUCCUACGGAAAAUUUACCCGGAGGAAUGACCAAGGCUAAGAUGGAAAUUAUGGAACUCUCAGACUUACAUCAUCCCAAUUGUAAAAUUAAUCGCAAAGCGCAUCACACUGGUACUUCGAACACUGCCACUUCCGGACCUGGAACUGGAACUGCCGGCGCUGCUGGUGGGAACAACGAAGGUGGCGCUGAUAGACGCGGUUCCGAGAGUUCUGAGUCCGUUUUGCUGAGCCCAGAGGCCACUAAAGCUACUGAAGCCGUUGAGUUCAUUGCUGAACAUCUUAGAAAUGAAGAUCUUUAUAUUCAGACACGAGAAGAUUGGAAAUACGUCGCAAUGGUGAUUGAUCGUCUUCAAUUAUACAUUUUCUUCAUCGUUACAACAGCUGGGACAAUUGGAAUAUUAAUGGACGCUCCUCACAUUUUCGAAUACGUCGAUCAAGAUCGAAUAAUUGAAAUUUACCGUGGAAAGUAAUUUCUUCAUAAGAAUACUUUAAAUUUAUUAUUUUUAAUACUUUAA